AUGAAAUACGAUGAAAUUGCAUUAAUUUUUACUAACAAGCACCCAACUAGAACAGAACUCAAUAUCAUGCACAAAGCAAUGUCAGUUUUUCCAAAACUUAGAGUUAUGUUCGGAAAUCAGAUUAUUCUUCAUGAUUUAAGCUACUUGGCAGUGAAUUCUAGUGUUAACUUCGUCUUGCUAUAUCCAUCGCAUGCUCUUUUCUCUGUAAUUCAAAAGAAAGAUUAUUCCAGAUUAUUAAAACUAGCAGAAAGGCAAAUUAAAGAUGAAAUUAAGCGUGCACGAGCCAUGAUGAACGAAUCUUAUAUACAAUCAAAUGAAACAACUCAAAAACUAAAACAAAAAAUUGAUUGUUCAGGAAGGAAUCCAUUUACAGUUCCAGCUCAACUAUAUUAUGGACCUCCACUGACUGACAGGCAAUUUGACAGAUCCAGAUGCUUUAUUAAACAAAAUUUGGAAGGAGAUAAUUUUUCUCAGCCGUUUUAUGUCGUUGGAUCUAAUAAUACAUGGUUUAACUUAAUCUUACCAACAAACAUAUCGAGAAGAGUUUCACAAGAUGAAUUUUGGAAUAAAUUCUCAAAUUUGACUUAUAAUUUGACAGAGCAUAUACCAUGGAAUGAAUUUGGUCCUGGAAUGCCACAUUACAAAGAAAUUUUGUUCGACCACGAAGGAAAUCAAAUCAAUAAGACUUUUAAGAUUAAUUUACUUAAUUCCACGGACAAAUAUUUCCAUGGUGGAGCAGAUAGAGCCAAUUUCAAAGAUUUAACUGAGUCAAUUCAGAAACAAUUGAAAUAUAAAUACAUUUAUAAGCCAAUGCAUCCAUUUGAGCGACUGAUAUUCAAUUGGUUAUAUUCAGCAUGUAAUUCGACUAGCUGGUAUCCUCUUUCUGUCCCUUCAAAUCAAGAUUCAAUUUUUAAUACGUUACCCGCUUACAAACAUCUCAAUAGCGGUAGUUUCGGAUCAUUCUACACAGGGGAAUAUGACAAAUGUAUAUUGUUUUACGAUUCUUCGGCCACAAGUGAGUUAAUGCACUAUUUGUUUUCAAAAGUUGCAAGUUUGGCCAACCAAACUCAUUCAUUCCCAGAUCUUAAAUUCGGAGCAAUUAAUGUUGAUUUGAACUAUGCGCAGUUUAUGCCCAGAAACAUUUCCGCUCCAUUAGUUAUGAAAUCUCGAGUUCCGUUUGUUGCAGUUUUACCACAGCAAUGGUAUGGUUUUAAACCAUUCAUUGUAAAUGAUGCAACUAAAAUAGAUACAAUACUAUCAAAGUACCAAGGAAGACAAAGAUAUUCUCAUCCUGUGAAUGCAGCACCGUAUAUCUUCAAUGAAACACUUUGGAAUCCAAUUUACUACAAUUUGCUUCUUAAAAAGUUUAAAUUUUUAUCAAAGAAACAUACAUUUGAGAAAUCUCCAAGCGGAAAGUCAUGGAUUACAAAUGAAGUGUUUUAUUGGAGUCUGCAGUUUUACAGACAAAAAUAUUUUUGGUUUUAA